AUGAAGUUUCUGACCGGGCUGAACCUUUUAGGGGGCCCGCUCCUUCGGUGCGCCGUGGAGGAGGGAUGGGGUUGUGGUGAGCGUGUGACGACAACAGGUGCGUAUAUCUCCAGUAAAGAAAUUGUAUUAACGUCUAUUGACAUCAAAACUUUGAUAGUGACUGUUACUGUCACUGAAUAUGCUCCUAGACCGACACCUGCUUUCAGUCCCUCACCAAAAGAGCCGGGAGUAUAUUUAGAAGUUUCCCAAGACCUCGUGCCAACGGCAGCUUAUACACCCGGACUUCUUCCAAUACCGCAGCCAGAUGGACGAUUUAGAUCGGAUCCAAUAUAUCAAAACACAACCAGGCCACCACUCGAAGCGAUCACCAGCUACGAAGAUUUUGAGUGGUUAGUUCCAGCUAGCACAACUGUAACGACCCAAUCGGAGCAAAAAACUGCCUCUGAGGGCCCCGUCUUUCCUAGUAUUACUACACCCCCUGGCUCCAAGCAUGAACUUGAUAUUAUCACCCAUUUUCAAAAUCAAGAAUAUUGGGGAGACCAGAUGGCAGAGGCGGAGAGCACCGCAGCUACUUCCAAUACUCCCUCUCAAAUGGAUUCUCCGAUCACCCUAAUAUUACCCCCGGCGUCUAAUGCUAUGAGCCGGCUUCAUGAUCCAAUGCCUUUCACAACAGCUAAAUCCACCGAAGACCCUGGAAUUCGACCUUCAUUUCCAACCACAGAAGAUGAGCCUAUGGCUGUACUUGAAGUUAGCUGCCUUACACGCUCAAGACUCCUCUUUAGCGACUUUAAGAUCACGUGGGGGCCCUCAUGGGAUGACCAAGAUGGAUGCCGACGGUUACGCAAAGCAAUGAAUAGGCGAGGGGUUACAACAGGAUGGAAAUGUAAACAAGUCGCUGAUCCGGAAUUGGGAUAUAUCAUGGAGGCUAGCGGUCAUAGGCCAAUGUCGCCGAGAGGUUUAGUUGCAGGUGCUAUCAGAGAGGCAUUUUCCGGGGUGAGUAAUCUCUAA